AUGUUGUCAGAGUUGCUGCAGCAAGCGGUGCGGUCGCCGGACGAACAUGCGUCAAACUCGUUGACCAGUUGUGCAUUUUACGACAGCGACAACCGGCCACAUUUGUUGAUGGUGCCUUGGCGACCCGGGCGGCCCGUGCUGUUACCGGCGUCCUGGAUGCCAGUGGUGGCCGCCAGACGCUGUUCUAUCCCGCGGCCGACAAGCGCACAUCAGUUGCUGGAAGACCAGAUCGUGCUGCCCCUCGUGACAGCUUGUUGCAGGGACCCAAACGAAUCAGUGGACGACCAUGUCCACCUCCAGUCGUACCACGAUCGGAAGACAUCCUCGGACGUCACUUUUUUUUCGGUUAUCGUCCUGGCGACAUUGGCCGUCUUCUGGACGGCGGGCAUGUAA